CCUAGCAUUACCCACCCGUUGGGACCAGCGCCAUUGCAUGACCAUGCAUUUACAGCAGCUCCGGCGCCGCUGGAAGUGCCUAUUUCCCCGGACCCAUGUUGGCGGUUCUUGUAUCAGAGAACUCCAUGGGGUAUUCAUAUUGCAUCAACCACCAGAAUCUGGCUAUAGAGACGAUUAGGUCAGGUAACGAACUAGAAGAGGAGCGGCUGACUAAGAAAGGGGGCCAAACGCAGUUUAAUCGCUGAAGUCUUCGUUGACGCAUCAGGUAACUAUUUUUCGUCUUGCAACUCAUUGUCAAUCCCGCAGCAUUCGCUCCGACGCCAAAGGACCUACCUGAUUAUGACGGGAAAUCGGCCGAGCAGAUCCCGGACUGGGUGCAUUACUUGUCGAAUUCGACGGGUGAAAUGUGAUGAAGAACGGCCGCACUGUCGACGAUGUCGGUCGACGGGUCGAAAAUGCGAUGGAUACCUGUCACCACAACAGAAGCAGCAGCAGCAACAGGCGAGAAAGGCCUCCCCUGAGCUGCGCAUCAUCCAGCAUACGCCGCAGGUGACUAUCCCAACGCACAUGUGGAUGUUCCCCGCAGUAAACAAGAUGCUCAAUGAAGAUGAGUACCGCUCGUUGGAAUUCUUCCACGCCCAGACCAUCUCGUGUUUCGGAGCUCGGGCCGGAGGGAGUUUACUCAACGCCGCAUGCCACGACGCCGGAAUCCGACUCGCUGCUAUUGCGCUGGGAACUAUGCACCGCCUUGUACUGUACCGUGAGGAAACGCUCCCGCAUGUCCAUACGAGGGGCAUGCAGCUCGCUCUGCAGCAGUACAACUCGGCUAUUCGACGAGGACUGAACUAUUUUCCUCGCGACGGCGCAGAUGUUUCAGCAGACGGUAUUCUGUCCAUGUGCGUGCUCUUCUUCUGCUUUGAGAGUCUGCAGGGUCACUUCCGAGCGGCCUUGCGGCACGGCGCCGCGGGGUUGCGUAUUCUCGCCCAGCAGCAACUAGAAGGACGGUUGGUGGAUAACGCGCUUUUGCCUCUAAAUGUGAUCCAUUCCAUGUUCGCCGGCUUGGAAGCUCAGAUGCUGGAAAUUGAUGGACAGUCGCCUCUUUCGAAUGGCAUUGGACCACUGAUACGGGGCCUUGGCCACCCGCAACAAACCCUAUGGACGCUCGAAGAGGCCAAUGACUCUUUUCGCCCCAUAUACAAUGAUUUCUUGCGUCUUUUCAGCUUUGCGGACAAGCUCGAAGAGCCCCAGACAGACAUGGAGGCGGCGCGCCUCACCGACCAGGUUCUGGCUCGGUAUCGGCAGGUUCAGGAGGAUAUUGACGCAUGGACGCUAAAUUUCGAGUAUUUCUUAGCUAACCUCUUCUGCUGGAACAGCGCAGACCGCGCAUCGCAACAGUUGGUUCGUAUGCUACAGUUAUGGCGCAGCAUGGUGGGCGUGGUUCUGCAAACGGGGUUGACUCUGAGUGAGACCGUUUGGGAUAAUUAUGUCGCCGAGUUCACUGCCAUGCUGGGCCUCGCAGAGGAGAUCAUCGCCAUGUCUCCUCCCGUGGAAUCACCCUCUGGUUCCCGCAGUCCGCCAGGCGAGCGCAUCUCGACCUUAUCGCCCUCGCCCCCAUCCUCGAGUAUAGCCCCCAAGCACGAACUCUCGCAGCCCAUAACAUACGCCCCAAUCCUCCCGCGCCCACUACACACCACCCCAUCACGCUUCUCAAUAUCUCUUGGUAUUAUCCCAGCGCUCUGGACGAUAGCAACGCACUGCCGAGAUUCUCAUGUCCGCUACCGUGCCAUCGACCUCCUCGGCCGGAGCAACCGGCGCGAAGGCGUAUGGGACUCGAAUCUAUAUUCUCGCCUGGCGCGCCAGAUUGCUCGCCAUGAAGAACAGGCGGUGGGGCUUGAUGUGGGUGCGGUGUAUACACCGGUUUCUAUCCCGCCUGAGGCGCGCGUGACGAUUGAUGGGAGGCUGCAAGAAGGGAGGAGGGCUAGAGUUGUCUAUAUGAGAGGCAAUGUAAGGUUUGAAGAGGAGGUUCUCUCGUGGUAAUUGUCUCAACAAUGCAUGGGUGGGCAGCCAAGUUUAUUCAGACUCGAGAACAACCCUGGUCUGUGGCUUGGUCAUGAUCUAGUGUCGGCUUCAGGAGACAUUGGCCGCCAGGCUUAAUCAACUGUCGCUUUCUUCGGCAAAAGGAAUGAGAUAAAGAAUCAGGGUGUCCUGGGACUCUUUUACUUUUACGAUCAGCAAAGAACAGAAGCCACAAGCGGUUUGAGAUGGAGCGCGCCGAAACUGCGCCGCGCCCACGACAGAGGGGCUACGCAAAUGACCUCCUGAAAGUGACAACGGACAUGACCAGCGGGGAAAGGAGCCAGGUACGUACAGGGAUAUUCAAGAGCAUUGGAACAUGCUAUAUCAAUUAAAUGAAAUAAGAGGUUACGGGCUCUGCUACGGAAUCGCAACAGGAGUCGGUACAAUCGUGCAGAGGGGGGAUCCUGGGUAUAUUAAUGGGUAGCUAGGUGUUGUUACUCCUCGGUUCAGCAAAUGAUAUAUUAGCUAUUUGCUUUGAUCAAGAAUGGUGAUUCGACUUGAAUAGUCAUAUACCUGGGCUAUUACUGAUAGGUAC